UUUAAGAGCGGCGCCGCCAUGAUCUGCCUGGUGCUGGGCCUCUUCGCCGGCCUCUUCCAGAGCGCCUGCGGCGGGGCCAACGAGCGGACCUUCGUGGCCAUCAAACCGGACGGGGUCCAGCGGCACCUGGUCGGGGAGAUCAUCCGGCGGUUCGAGAGGAAGGGCCUGCAGCUGGUGGGGCUGAAGCUCCUGCAGGCCUCGGAGGAGCUGCUGAAAGAGCACUACAUUGCCCUUCGUGACCGUCCCUUCUACAGCCGGCUGGUGAAGUACAUGAGCUCUGGGCCCGUGGUGGCCAUGGUCUGGCAGGGCCUGGAUGUGGUCAAGACAGUUCGCACAAUGAUUGGGGAGACUAACCCAGCCGAAUCCAGGCCUGGCACCAUCCGAGGAGACUUCUGCGUUGAAGUCAGCAAGAAUGUGAUCCAUGGCAGCGACUCGGUUGAGAGUGCCCGGCAGGAGAUCUCCCUCUGGUUCCGCCCAGAGGAGCUGACUUGCUGGGAGGACGCGGCCGAGCACUGGAUCUACGAGUGAGAAGGGCAGCCCGAGGGAAGUACGUCUUCCUGACUGGGCAUGGGGCACUUCCAUCCAUUUCAUCGCAGCUGCUUGGGCUGACUGUGGAUCCUGCUACGGUGUCAUGUGCUGUGGGCAUUUCUGAUCUGUGUGUGGAUGGAGAGGUCCUGGGAGCUGGCCUGUGUAUGUAACUCUGCAGUUCAGCUCCCUGCAAUAGCAGCUAUUUCUUUUUUUCUCUCUCUGCUAUAGUAAGUAGUUGGUAUUGCCACUCUGUUUGCGGCAGCAUCUUAAAUCCCAAGUAGCUCAAGGUGCUUUAUUGAAGGAAAGCAAAAACUAGGUGCUCUGCCCAUUCCUGUGUGUUCUCAGACCUGCCUGGCACAGGAGAACGUGUGCUCCUUGCUGCUGGGAGAGGUGCUCUGGUCACUACAAGGCGAUAUGAUCGAUAUCAUCUACCUGCGUUUCUGUAAGGUUCUUCACCAAAGGCUUUUAAAGAAUUAGGCUGCUACUGGAUAAGGGGGAAAGUUCCACCCUGGCGUGAGAGCUCGUUCCAAGACAAGGAAUGAAGGACAGGACAAACUGCUCGCUCUCCCUUGGUGGGAGCUCUGCGUGCCAGGGCUGGCGCAAGUUCACCCGGCUUCAGGCGUGAUUAGUGAGUCCGUGGAAGGAAGAGUCACCAAAUGCUGUUAAACGCACAGUUUCUCUGGCUCCGGUUCCUGGCAGCGGGUGCUGGGAGCCGGGAAGCAGCUUCUCCCGGUCUGCUUUGGUUCUCUGCGGGCCUCCACUGCUGGCUGCAUGGCCCCUGGCCCGACCCGGCAUGGUCGGUCUCACGCUGUCCCUGCGUGGUGACUGACAGGCUAGCGAAGCAGCGGCACUGAGAGUGAGGUGGGGAAGGCUUUGUAGAUUUGGGGCUCAGGACUAAGUAGUCCUCCUAGUCCUUCCUUCGUCGUGCGCAGUGCAGGCUGUGGAGUCCUGGCACCAAACUCUGGGAGGUCCUGAGAUCUUCCUUGUCUGGUGGUGGUGCUUCCCUGCUGGGAGGGUUUCUGGAAACCCAGUUUGUAAUCGGUUGGACACCACCUUGAACCUGCUGUGAGCUCUCCCUGAACAUCAGACUCCUCUGAGCUGUGUUGUGUCUGAGCUCCCUGCGUAGCCUGGCCAGAGCGUAAGGGCAGGGACAGCGACGUGGCAUCCUGCUGUGGAACAGGGGCACAGUUAAGCCCAGGGAACAGGGUCCCCCGAGGCUUUCCUGCAUGUAGGGUGAGAUGUUUUGCCUGUGCCCUAAAAGCUUGUCUUUCUCUGGAUCCCCAGCUUUGUAGCUACUGGGGAACGAGUGCAGUUCUCUGGGGGCAGAGCAAACUCGCCCCCGCGCCGGGUCGGCCCCGAGGGUGGUGGGGGUGAGCAGGGACGUGCCAGCAGUGACACAGGAGCGAGCACUGAGGGGAUGGAGGGUCUCCCUCCGGUGACAGGGGUCUUCCUCAGCUGCGUGACUGCCAGAGCUCCUCCUGCCUUCAGGGCCUUCUCCAGGUGGCUGUUUACAGCUCUAAGUAAGUGACAGAUUCCGUUCGUUCCUGUAACUCAUCCGUUUGCUUUUUUUAUAAUAAACUCUGGACUCCCA